GAUCAAUAUCACGCUGUUCCUACCACACCAACCGUCAAAUCAUUCCCAACCAAUCUGAAUCUUGAUGAAGCAACAGCGAGGUAAACAACCAAAGUGCGUUUUGUAAACAUUGGUAGACACUGGUUUCCGAAAACCAGUGUCCACCACUGUUUGUGGACAAUCAUUUUCGAAAACCUUUCAAAAUUGAUAUUUGAAUGACUGUGUAUCCAUAUUUGCUCUAGCGGUUGUAGUUCAGAUCUAGGCAAUUCCGCGCAGAACAACGAACUACCUCAAGAUGGUUUUAAUGGAAGUCAACAU